AUGUUAACACAAGUCAUUGGCGCUGGGGUUAAUAUCUUAUACAAGGUGUCUUAUAACGUCGGUUUUAGUUUACGAAUUUUGGUGGUAUAUCAAUUCAUCGUCGCCACAAUAUGUAUACUCCCCUUUGCAUUGAUAGUUGACAGGGGAGCACUAGGGCAGAAUAUAUUUGCAGCCAGCUUUGCUUUUGCUUCUGUGACAUACUUGGCAGCAAUUUCAAAUCUAUCUCUUGCCGUCACUUACAUGCUGGCAAUCGUUUUCAGGAUGGAGACUUUCACUUUAGCCACUUGGCCUGGUAAGUUUAAGUUGAUUGGCACCGUCAUUAGCAUCACAGGUGCCAUGAUUAUUAGCUUCUACAGUGGACCAAACAUCCAUCUAUGGUCCACUUCUGUGGAUUUAUUACAGCAUCAUGGGAUAGCAGCUUUAACCCAAGUGCAAAGGCCAGUAUAUGGGAUCAUGUUAGCUUUCAGCAGUUGUGUUUGUUUUGCGAUCUUUCUUACCAUAUUGACGAUGAUGAGCAGGACAUACUCCUACCCAGUUUUCUCUUCUUUAUUGUUUAUGUGUAGUAGUAGCACUGUACUCUCCACUAUAUAUGCUAUCUCUAUAGAGAGGGAUUGGUCUGCUUGGUACUUGGCGCAGGAUGCUAGCGCCAUAACUUACUCGGGCAUCCUUGCAUCUGGAUUGUCAGUAAUGCUUGCAACAUGGUGCGCACGACAACAAGGACCAGUUUUUGUCUUCGCGACUUCUCCUUUAGCCCUCAUCUUUACAGCACUCAUGGGCCCUACUUUACUACACGAGGAGAUUCACCUAGGGAGCGUUAUAGGUGGAUUACUAAUUAUUAUUGGAACAUAUGCCACGUUGUGGGGGAAGAGUGCUGAGACACAGUCGAGAAGAGAUGAUCUUGCAAUCCAGAUUGUUCAAGUACAAUCAAGAAGAGAUGAUCCUGAUAUCGAGAGUGUUGAGACACAAUUAAGAAGAGAUCAUCCUGAUCUUGAGCGCGUUGAGAUACAGUUAAGUGAAGAAGAUCUUGAUCUUGAGGGUGCUAAGUAG